CACCGCUUCCUGCUACUUGCAUGGGGGAAGAAGUCAAAAUGAGGACUCGGUGGCUACCACUCUCGGUCCUUUUCUUAUGGGCCAUCUCCCUUUAUUCGGUGUCCGCUGAUAAUGGUGUUAAACGGAUGAAAAUGCAGUAUGCCGCUGGGCCACUGCUCAAAUUCCAGAUUUGCAUUUCCUGAGGGUACAAGCGGGUGUUUGAAGAGUACACGCAGGCUUUGUACCAGCGGUACCCAGACAUCCGCAUCGAGGGAGAAAACUAUCUUCCUCACGCCCUUUAUCGAUAUGUUGCUUCCUUCUUGUCCGUGUUCAAACUAGCCCUGAUUGGACUGGUCAUAGCUGGGAAAGACCCCUUUGCACCAUUUGGUGUGGAAACUCCAGGAAUCUGGACCUGGGGGCAAGAGAACAAGAUUUAUGCCUGCAUGAUGGUGUUCUUCUUCAGCAAUAUGAUUGAGAAUCAGCUGAUGUCAACAGGUGCUUUUGAGAUCUCUCUGAAUGACGUGCCCGUUUGGUCAAAGCUGGAGUCGGGUCACCUGCCCUCCAUGCAACAGCUGGUGCAGAUUCUGGAGAACGAGAUGAAGAUGAACGUUCACAUGGACACACUUCCACACCAUCGCUCCUAACCCAGCCUUUGGCCCAUCAGGUGGAGCCUGGGAGCUAGUCAUGUUGUAGGUGAGCAUCUCUUCAGGCUGUGGGACUUCUUUUAUGAAGGUUUGUGCUGAAAGCGGGCUGUCUGCUAGCACAGGCCGGAUGUCCUGAUUGGUUCCCACCAUGCCCCUUGAGAUGCGGCUCCUAUUGAUGUGCUGGCAUCCCUGGCAAGUUUGUGGCCAUUGUACUACUGCAGACCAUUCUUCCCUGUGCAAUUAGUUGUAUAGAUAUGCAUUUCCCAACAUGAGACCUUUUUGAGUACAGGGUUCUGUCUGGCUUUGUAUUUUCUUUUUUUGUUGUCUUAAAAUCCUGAUUUGUUAUUACAUUCAGGUGAAAGAAACUGAAGUCGUUGUAGGUGAGAUGCUACAACCCAAGUACAUCAAACUGUCAACAGCCUUGUUGUUCUAAGAUCUUAAAAUCAGAUUACUGUGUACAUUUAUGGUUAUCAGAGACAUGAGCAAUUGCUAACAUCUAAAAUCAGAUAAUUAACAGCAGAGUCAAUUCAUCUUUUUUGUUAUCCCUCUAUCCUUAGAACCUGAUUCUUGUACAAUUUAAUAGCUAAUUUAUUCAAUUUAAGUCAACAAGAGUUUUAACAAUUUAGCAGAUGUUUUAAUUUCUGAGCCAUUGUAAUUUUUAUAUUUCUUUGUAUAGAAGAAUGUGAGGGCUACAACAAUAAAAUGGAUUCUAACCAUGUGGA